ACAAAAUUUAACCCUUCUUUUGGAUUUUUCUUUUUACAAGCAGACUCCAUUGGCGAUUCCCGUAAUAAAAACGAUGGCUAUGUUGUCAAGGAUACUGUAUAGUAUAAGUAUCCUUAUACUAGCCAUUGAUGUGUCAAACCAUGGAGUCUCGAGCUCAAGAUUUGAUCAACGUAGCCAUUUUAACAGAGUAAGGCACAUGUACAUAGAAGAGGACCAGAGACAAUUCGGCGAUUUCCCGUUCCGGAACACCAGCUUGCCGUGGAAUGAGCGCGUGGAUGAUCUCGUGUCCAGACUGACCCUGGAAGAGAUUCAGGUGCAGAUGGCCAGAGGUGGAGCUGGAGAGCUUGGAGGUCCAGCCCCGGCUAUUCCGAGAUUGGGCAUUGGGGCUUAUCAGUGGGACACAGAAUGUUUGCGAGGUGACGUGUUUGCGGUAGAGAAUGCAACGGGCUUUCCUCAGGCUAUUGGUUUAGCAGCCACCUUUAGCCGUGAAAUUCUGCACAAAGUUGCCAGAGCGACAGGUCAAGAAGUGAGAGCCAAGUACAAUGAUUUUGUCAAAAGGGGCAUCUUCGCCACCCACUCGAGCGCCAGUUGCUUCAGUCCGGUCAUCAACAUCUUGAGAGAUCCCAGGUGGGGUAGGAAUCAGGAGACAUACGGCGAGGAUCCUUACAUGACCGGCAUUCUGGCAGAGAAUUUUGUCAAGGGUAUCCAAGGCAACGACUCGAGGUUCAUAAUGACCAGCGCUGGAUGCAAACAUUUUGACGUUCAUGGAGGGCCAGAAAAUAUACCAGUGUCAAGAUUCUCCUUUGACGCUAUCGUCUCUGACACAGACUGGAGGAUGACGUUUCUGCCCGCCUUCAAGAAAUGUGUAGAGGCCGGUACCUACAGCGUCAUGUGCAGCUUCAACAAAGUGAACGGCGUCCCUGCGUGCGCCAACAAAAAGCUACUCACAGACAUCCUGCGUACAGAAUGGAACUUCAAGGGCUAUGUCGUUAGCGACCAAGGUGCCAUCGAAAAUGUCAUCUUGACACACAAAUAUUGCAACAACAGCGUGGAUACUGUGGCGACCUGCAUUAACGCAGGCAUGAAUCUGGAACUUUCAAACGACAUUCCCAGGCCGGUUUAUCUGUCUAUGAUAGAUGCUAUUCAACAGAGAAAACUGUCGGAGGAUUUGGUGAGGGAAAGAAUAAAACCACUGUUUUUCACACGCAUGAGGCUAGGAGAGUUUGACCCUGUAAAAGAUAACCCGUACGCCCAGCUGGGAAUGGAUCAGGUCGAAUCCGCCGAACACCAACAGCUGGCUGUUACAGCCGCCAUGAAGUCUUUUGUGCUGUUAAAAAACCAGGGGAGCAUUUUACCCUUGCAAAAAGGAGAGUUCAGCAAAGUCGCAAUCAUAGGACCUAUGGCAAAUGACUUUGAACAACAGAUUGGUGAGUACCAACCUUUUCAAGAUCGAUCGUUUUCCACAACUCCUUUGGACGCAGUGAGGUCUCUCUACCCCAACGCCAAAUACGGACAAGUGUGCAACGACAGCACGCCGUGUACACAGUACAACAAGGCUGCUGUGCCUCCAAUAGUCAAAGAUACGGAACUGGUGUUUGUUGCUCUGGGAACUGGUCAAGCUGUAGAGCGCGAGGGACAUGAUAGACCAGAUGUCGAGCUUGCUGGACACCAGAAGGAACUUCUUUUGGAUGUUCUAGACAACAGCGGUGACGCCAAGAUCAUCUUGCUUCUCUUCUCUGGCAGUCCUCUCAACAUUACGUUUGCCGACCAGUCAGACCGCGUGAUAGCCAUCAUGGAAUGUUUCUUUCCCGCACAGUCUACUGGGAAGGCCCUGUACAAUGUUCUCACCAACACCGGGCCGUAUUCUUCCCCGGCAGGCAGACUGCCCAAUACCUGGCCCCUGUACAGUACACAGAUUCCACCCAUGGUCAACUAUUCCAUGGAGGGUAGGACGUACCGCUACUUCAGAGGCGAUCCCUUGUACCCGUUCGGCUAUGGCCUCUCUUACACCCAGUUCAAUUUCUCUAAUCUGAUCUACAACACCACAAUCAAGGCAGGAGAUAAUCUGGAAGUGCAGGUGGACAUUACAAAUGUGGGUAACGUUGAUGGCGAAGAAGUUCUUCAAUGUUACAUUAGCUGGAAUGACAAGUCCUUGCCUGUACCACAGCUGCAGUUGGCCUACUUUGACCGGAUUCUCAUAACCUCCAUGCAAACUGUCUCCCGCCGUUUUUCAAUAUUCUCGGAGUCCAUGGCGUUUUGGCAAGAUGGGAAAUGGGUAAUUAAAGCUGGCGGGUUGAGUCUGUUCUGUGGUGGUCAACAGCCACAUCAGAAAAAACAGGUGCCGUCCAACGUCCUCCGAGGAACGUUCACCAUCACAAACUCUAUCACUCUUGAAAAGUAA